UCUCUUUCUUUCUCUCUCUCUCUUUCUCUCUCUUUAUCUCUCUCUCUCUUUCUCUUUCUCUGUCUCUUCCUCUCUCUGUGUCUCUUUCUCUCUUUCUCUCUCUCUUUCUCUCUGUCUCUUGUUCUCUCCUCUCUCCUUCUCUCUGUCUCUUGUUCUCUCCUCUCUCCUUCUCUCUGUCUCUUGUUCUCUCCUCUCUCCUUCUCUGUCUCUUGUUCCCUUCUCUCCUUCUCUCUGUCUCUUGUUCUCUCCUCUCUCCUUCUCUCUGUCUCUUGUUCUCUUCUCUCUCCUUUUCUCUGUCUCUUGUUCUCUCCUCUCUCCUUCUCUCUGUCUCUUGUUCUCUCCUCUCUCCUUCUCUCUGUCUCUUAUUCUCUUAUCUCUCCUUCUCUCUGUCUCUUGUUCUCUUCUCUCUCCUUCUCUCUGUCUCUUGUCGUCUCUCGGUUUCCCGGUAGAUCAGCCCCUCCCCCUCCUCCUCUCUGGACUUUUCUCUUUUACUUUUACUUUCACUUUAGGUCACACAUCUGCACUCACCGCCCCCAGGAGGAAGAAGAGACAACGCUGAGUCCCGGCUGCUACAUUUAUCAAUAUGAAAUCAGAAAAACUGGAUGUGGCGGUGACUUCUCGGGCAGCAGAAAGCAAUGCUCUGUGGAUGAUCAACCACCUGAGGUCCCAAAUGUACCGAGAUCUACUGGGCAGGGUCACCUACCUGCCUAUAGCCAACAGCAACCAAUCAGAGUGGAGAUCUGAGAUACAGAAACAUUCCUUCUCCAUCCUUUACCACACCAGAAACCACGGACGGAUAAACCUCACCGACGUCACCGACUCCCUGUACGACCUCGAGCUCCAGGAACUUUCCGAGACAUUAGGCCGUGACAAUGUGAUGGUGGUUGUAGAUGACUUAGUGAAGAGCGAUGAGGAGGAGAGGCAGCGGAUCCUGGAGCACCAGCCCAGCCUCUCCCGAUGGGCCUCGCAGCUUGUGCUUUUUUCUGUUUCUGAGAAGAACCCGGUUCCUGCGCACAAGCAGCAAGUUCUUCUCCAGACCUUCAGGAGAGCUCAUAAAAAAGAUCAGCAGCAGCACAAUAUAUGGAAGGUGGCCCUCGCGGUAGCCGGAUGUGUGGCAGUUGGGCUACUUGCCAGAAAAUGGUAUAUAAAGAGAAGACCCUUGUAGACGUCAUGUACAGGAGAUCUUGGGGCCCCGAUCAUACUGCAGAGGUUUUAAUUGGCCAACGUCAUCACAAAGAGCGAUUGGACAGCAGCCAUAUUGUAUAUACAGUCUCCUGAACACUACGAUAUGUUAUACAGUAAAAAGGUUUGAUGUUUUACAAUCUCAUUGUGUCAUCUGUUGUUGGGGAUAAGAGUAUUAUGAGUCACUGAGCAUCUUAGUUAAGGUCGGUUAAUGGCACCAAAAUGGGUAAACAGGUUAAGGGACACCUAAUAAUAGUCUUAUACAGUGGGUGAUAUCAUUCCAUAUAAAUAAUAAACCUCAGCUGCUGUACAACAGAAUUAGGGCCUCGUGUCAAUCACU